UGUAGCAGCGCGGUGUAGGUGUUUACGCGGUACGCGGCUGAAACCUCGGUUCUCGUGCCUGCGAACGACGAAAAAAACAUCAACCCAAGGCUAAAAAAACGAAUCUCCUAUCGAUUAAAGUGUUUUAAAACAUUAACAACAAUCGAGGCACAAGCAAGAAUAGAGCCUAUCGUAUUGGCGGUAUUUUAAUUAUUUAAAAAGGCACAAUUGAAAACGGUUUAUCUAAGCAUGAGUGGUAGCGACGACACAGAAAGUCAGUGCGACAGGACAAGUGAAACAAACGGUGUUACAAUGGGUGACGUCCUGGCAAAGGAUCCCGAUGAUAAUGAUUCACACGACGACAGUAUUGAUUCUGAUGAUGAUCCAGUCGCUGAGGAUCAACGACAAGAGGCUGAUGGUGCACCUGAUGCCCUUGACGUUGUCCCUGAGAAUUUUUUAUUUGAACCAGUACAAAUGGAGGACAUCGAGAAUGCCAUUUCAUCGGAUGAACAGAGGCUAAAUCCAACGACAAUACUCGAUAAAAAGCCGAUUGCCAGACAUCCUGAAAAUUGUUCCUGUGAAUCCUGCACAGCUCAGAGAGCAUUCUUGAAAGAAAAGAUUGAAACAAUAUGGAGGUGGCAAUCUCAAGGAAUGAAGCUGAGAGCGUACAUACGUUCUGUGUUCAAUGCAGCAAUCGAGUCUCCAUAUGUCAAUAAAAUUUCAAAGUAUCAAUGUGAUCCUCAAGAAUACGCUGAGCUCCAAAAAGUCGUUCAGGAAUUAUCGAGGGAACAUCCACACAAAUUUUUCUUGAUGUUGGUGGUGCAAGCUCAGGAAUUUGUAGUGGAGCUCAAAAUUCGAAUAAUGGAUCCUAUCAGAGACAACAGUCUGGCAAGGAUAGCUGAAGUAUUUCUAACGAGACUGUUGAAUGGUUACGAUAUUCUAAUUACCACAGCAGUUCAGGUCUCUGAGCUGAUAAAGCCCCUAGAGGAGCGUCACCUGAGUAAAUUCAAUCUUACCUGGGAGUUCUUCAAUAAGAAGCUCUACCAGAACUACAUAUACUUCUACGAGCCAACAAUUCGUAAUAUUCUCCCCUCAGUAGUUGGUCAGCUUCGUAAGCCCCGAAGGGGGAAGGGUUUCCAGGUCCUGCUGGAGCGUUAUCUAGCUUUUGUAGACGAGAUGAUGAGGAUAGCAGGUCUCUGGCCCGAAAAAGAACACCUGAUCGAUAAAUAUUCGGCCGAGCAAGUUGCCCAGAUAGUGAAAGACCGUAAAAUCGGUAAACGUGACUGGACCUUGUGCACAGUUAUUGAAAUUGAGAAAGCAGACAAAUUUCGAACACCUGAUGUACCAGGAGUUGGGGCAGAAGAUUUCCUACAAGGUGCCUUCCUCCAUAAGGAGCUCGAAGUAAUCGAAGACACUCUCGUAAUCGAUUUAGUUCGAAAGAUUCUCGAUACCUGGGGAAAACAGGUAUACCAAACGAUGGCUCAAGGUUAUCUCGGAGUUUAUGCUCUCUUCAUGGACGGUGAGGUCGACAGGUUCGAGGGUCGUCCCAUUGACGACCCAGGUUUUUACUUCGGUUACCAAGUGGCAGCAUGGCUAGUUCUCUCUCAACCCAUUGACAAUGCCACAGAAACCGAAACAGAGUGUCCGACUUGUGACGAAGUCUCAUGGGUAUCCUACCUCGUCGUCAAUGGACGAACGAAAACAGGCGCCUGUGCACAUCCUACUCUUCAGCUCAAUGAUAAAAUAUCCAUUUCUCCUGACGGGGAGGAGCCACCCAUUAAAAAAUCAAAUGAUGAAAAACGAAGAGGUUGCAUUUGCAUCUACAGACAUCUUGGUGAAUGGCAGGGAUCAUCCUGGAGAGGUCUUCUUCCCUUUCCUCCCUGUCUCUGUAUGUUGUACAUGAGACACUUGCCCGAGAGUUCUUGUCCGUGUGUACGGGAGCACAACAAGGUGUGCAGUAGAAUGAAAAAAUCUAAACCCGAUAGUCCUUCCAAUGUGAUCCCACCAAAAGAGUUUGCUGAAGUGGUUAAACCACCGAGUAGUGUAAAAUCUGCCUCUAUUCAGACCCAAACGAGGCAUUCCACCACACAAACUCCAUCGACACCUCAUAAUCAUGGACACCAAGGGAGAUGCCCCAAUCAUGGUCACUCCCAUGCACCUUCCGAUAAUUCAAAAUCUUCACCUCCGAGUCAUCGUCCCCACAGUCAUAUGAAUCACCACACUCACAGUAAUCAUUCUUGCCAAAAGCAACCAGAGGUGGAGGAUAUAAAACGUGUAACGUCGAAUGAAUUUAGCCAGACUGAUGGGGACUGCUCGGAUUCGGGAAGUAGUCAUGACGAUUCAUGCUCUACUAGCAGUUCAACACCUAGAGACUCGAGUAGGCACUGUGAUUGCUGCUACUGUGAAGUAUUCGGUCAUGGGAUUCCCUCGGUGGCACCUGUCAGUCGGAAUUACAACGAGAUGAGAGAGAGAUUAAGACAGUUACUUACGAAAAAGAAGGCGAAAAAAUGCAAGGCUGCCUGUAGCCCUCCUAUGAGUCCUACUGAGUCGGUGCCAUCUUCCAAUGCCACAUCUGAUCAUAAUUCAAUGUCCAUAAAUUCACGAGCAAGGUCAAAUACACCGAUAUCUGUCGCUUCCACCAAUCUACCUGAGCAGAGGGAUCAGAGGGAUCUCAAUGCACUUCUCGAGUUUAUAGAGGGUAGUCAACCUGGAAAGGAUAAAAAGGAUAAUAAACGGAGUGAAAAGAAAGCUAGGCAGCGUCAAAAAAAACUCGAGGAAGCCAUGAGGCUGGAGAAGCAGGAGAGAGAACGACAGAAACUCAUCGAACUUCAGAAGAAAACACCCGAGGUGACGAUAACAGUAGUUGAUCCACAAAAACCAGUUAAUCAGAAAUUUCUGCAUAAUAGAAAUCUACCAGAAGUAUCGAUACUGCCAGCUGUGAUGCCUCAGCCACAGAAGCAGCAGCCUGUAAAGAAGAAUAAACAGGAGAACAACUGCAAGAUGAAACAACAACCAAAUACGAUUCCCCAAGGUACGCCCAUGUCUGCUAAUGUGGCUAAAACGAAACAGAAUUCUAAGGUGAACAAUGAAAACCUUCAACAGAGUAAAGGAAAAUCAAAAGGAAAGAAGAAAGCUGCGUCCCCUUCCGAACCAAAGCCCGCGCCCGAGCCUGAGCCUGAGCUUGAGCCUGAGCCUGAACCCGAACCAGAGCCUGAGCCUGAGGUUCCCCUCACUAAGAAGGAGAGGAAAAAAUUGCGACGAGCAAUACGAGCUACGGAUGCAGAGAGCGCAAAGCAGAAAGCCGCUCAAGUAGAAACUCCCCAGAUUGUAACGAUCAAGAGGGUCAUGGAAUCUAAUGGGGCUGAACCAACAGUGACGAUAACCUUGAAGGGCCAGACUCCAGCUGAGGACAAGGUUUUAUUUACUCUUGUGAAUGGACAAACCAAGGAGCCCUCGAAUAUUGAGCCACAGACAUCAAAGAAGAAAAAGAAGAAGAGUAAAGGUGUUGAAAGUAAUGAGAGUAAUAGUAGUGCGAGUCAGCACAAGCAGCAACAGGGAAAAAUUCAACAAAAUCAAUCACAUAAUCAGUCUAAUCAGAAAUGUCAACCCGUUAAGCACGAUCCAAAGAACUUGAAGAAACAGCCAAUUAACGAUAAGUUAAAAAAUAGUGGAAAGCAGACUGAGGAGAAAAAGCAACAGCAACAGAAUUUCGAGGUUUCGAGUAAAAAGUCAAAGAAAAAUAAAAAUAAUGCUGAAAACAAGCAACCGGUCACUCAGCAGACUAGUAAUGCAAGUAAUACUAAUAAUCAAUUACCAAAGGGAAAGAUCCAACAGCAGGAGAGCACAGGAAAGAAGAAAAACAAGUCUCAACCAUUGACUGAGAGUAAAACGGUAAAUGUCAGCCAGCAGAAUGUUAUGAAUGCACUUUCAGUUUCUAGUGGCAAGAAAAAGGGACAGCAGGAAAAAACUGCUCUGAGUAAUCAGCAGAAUCAGCCCACCGGUGCAAAUGGAAAGAACAAUUCAAAGAAUAAUAAGCAAAAUGGAAAAAUGGAUAAUCAGAAGAAUCAAAUCGGCAAAUCUAAUCAACCUACCUCGAAACCUCGGAUGACCAUUGAUAAUCGAGAAUUAACGUCAUCACCCGGAAGCCAGCUUAAGGAUGCCAGUUCCAAGAUUAAUAUUGAGAAUCUGAAAUUACCACCUGGAAUUACGAUAACGAAGGUCGAUGCACCAGCAAAGCCACUCCCUAUUAAGACUGCACCGUUGCAAAAGCCUGCUCAGCAAAAGCAAGCGACUAUUAUAGCAGCUCCCAUGACUGGGUUACAGUCGAAUUAUGGGGGUUCACAGUCGGGGGGCAAUGUCAUCGUGGUUGACACUGGCAAGUUGAAGCAAGAGCUAUUACCUAAAAGCUCGGAAAAAGGACCGAGUCAGUCCCAAUCCACCACAACAUCAAGUAAAAAGAAGAAGAAGAAGAACAACUCGUCCAACUCCACUAAUAACACUCAAAAAGCCUCCAAUGAAUCAUCAAAAGAUUCCCAAAUCGAUCAGGCAAAGAUUCUCCACAAUCCAGCUACAAACAUGGUAACAAUUCGUAAUCCAGCAUUCGGUCCAGCCCCGAAGAUGGAGCCAACCCAGCAGGCAGCAAUAAUAAAAGUCUCGGAGAAUGGCAUGGUGACGAUAAGAAGUCCAGCACUUCAACAGGCUAUUAACGCGGGUUUGACACCACCGCCAAAACCGGAUUUUAUCGUAAAAGGUGAUUUGACAACGGCUAGUGCUAAUAGAACAUCACCAUUAUCACCACCAGCAACCUGUAAAAAUGCUAAUGGUCUUAUAUCAUCGAGUCUCGCUGAUUUAAGAAGUCGCUGGACACCAGAUUGCACUGGUAUUCAGGGUCUGGCUAAUAUACAAAUAAGUAAAGUGACGAAUGGACAGCCUAUACCAGAGAAUGGAAUUAAUUUAAAAGGUACAAGUCUUACAUUGACGAAAGUUAAAACACCGGAUGCAGUUAGAUGGGACGAUGCACAACCGACUCAAGCGACUACCAGUGGAAAAGGAAAGAAGAAGAAGAAAAAGGGAAAUGGUGCGACACAGUGUGGCGAUGACUGGAAUCUCGUUGAAAGCGUAUUCACGCCAAAAGAUAUAGAGGACGGUGAAAUGGAUGAUGCUGAACGUGAAUUGGAGGCAUUCAAGCGUUUUUGUCUCCAGUCAGUACCACCGCCACGCAAAGAGAAGGUCAAUCUCAACUUAAAGGACAUCGUACUCAAAAAAAAAUCGUCAUCAGCAGCGGCCGCUGUGAUUGCUGCUAAUUAAUUCUCAACCGAUGAAAUAACAUAAUUAAUGACGAACCCUGAAACUGUACAUCCACACUGCGUUAAAAAAAAAAUAUGCUGCCACUAAUUGGUAGGUGUUCAUUUAUUUUUCUUUGUUUUUGUAAAAAUGAGUGAUGAGAAGAAUAAUGGAGUCAUUCAACUUUAAUGAUUUUUUGUCUCUCUGACGUGGACAUACGCCUGGUGAUUAUACAAUUCAUAUAAAUAUUUUGUUGAAUGAAAAACACUAAAUCAAUUGAAGAUAUUGAUCAAUAUGAAUUUGACACGCAUUAUUGGGAGAGAAGAGAACAAGCUCAUCGUGCCUCUUGUCGCCGUUGACGUUUGCUAAAAUAAAUGAAAUUAAGAUUAUUUGUCCAUCUAUUGGACUCUCCACCUCCUUCUCUAUUUCCCUUCCAAUAGGUUGACUCAGUACGAGGCAUUUUAUACGAGAAGCUUUAGAUUUAAGUAAGUGAUGUGUAUGUAUGUAUUCAUAGCUGAUAAUUAUUAAUUAGAUAAAAGUUGUUGGGAAUGUUAUUGAGCGUACUGCAUCGUCUUUGAACGGAAACAGAAGGGAUUAUGUUUUAGGAGACUCAUUUCCAAAUGUUUCAGGCAUUCUCAGAUUACAGGAGUCCAAUUCUGGAGGCACUGGCUGAGUGAGAGUGAGACGAAGUUUUUUUUUUAAUUAAAGGGUUACAUGGACUUCUCGGGCGAAAAAACAGUACAUAUUUACCAUUUUUUUUUUUUUUCAUAUAAAAAUACAAUAUUCAAUUCAAACUUUCUGUUAUGUUAGACAUACACAUUUGAACAAGGUUUUUUGAUAUUUUCGUUGAAAAAUCCUGAAUAUUCAACAACUCACAUGUGACCACCUAGUCCCUGCGGAAUACCGGUCGAGAUGCUUGAACAUCGGUGUAAUAAAUAAAUCUCCUGAAUUUUUUUUCUUCUGUGGCAGGUGUUUUUUCACGUAUUCUGUAAUAAAAUAGUUAUUUUCAGACUGACGUUUGAAAAACACUAGUCUGGAAGUAGUAAUUCCCCUGUUUCCUCCUGGAUUGUUUUUAGUCAGGAUUGAGUAGGUGGAUAAUUUAAAUGAUUGAAUCAAUGGGUUUGAUCGUAAAUAAAUGGAUUUAUUGAUUGACUA